AUGUCUGGAAGAUUCCAAAGUGUACAAACACUUGUAAAACAAAAACCUCCGCAACGUGUCUGGACCCAUUGCAUGGUCCAUAGAGAGGAUCUGGCUUCCAAAGAAAUUAGUUUUGGUCUCAACAUUGUACUAACGAUGGUUGUAACUGUAGUUAAUUAUAUAAAAAUAAGACUCCUAAAAUCAAGAAUUUUUAAUGCACUUUGCAAAGAUAUGGGUGCAGAACAUUCGACGUUGCAAUUUUAUUGCGAGGCCAGAUGGUUAUCGCGUGGGAUAUUUUUACAACGUGUUUAUGAGUUAAAAGAGGAAAUUGUCACUUUUCUAGAAGUGGAAAACAGUCCGGUAGCCGAAAAGUUUCGAGAUGCUUUAUUUGUGAUGAAAUUGAGUUACUUGGUCGAGAAAUUAAAUACCCUGGAUCUACAACUCCAAGGAGCAAACACACAUAUGUUAGAUACCAGUGAUAAAGUUAGUGCUUUUUGUAGAAAGAUGAAGCUGUGA